AUGGAGACUCAGCAGCUGGUGCCACCGUACGAAGUCACGGUCCAUCAAGCAUGCCGAUUGAUGAUGUACCACGAAGGUGGUAGAGAGGUGACCGAAGACCUCGAGGCGCAGAUCGCCAAGACUCACCCAAAUCGUUUUAAUGUGGAGCACCUGAACGACGAAGCGCGCUGCGUGGAUGGCCGACACCAAGCUUUGGUGAAGUGGCUUGGACUCGACGAUGAGGAAUCGUCCUGGGAGCCUGCGGCGAAUUUGCUGGACGACAUUCCAGUCGUAUUUCGCAAGUGGGCGGCGGUGAACAAGGAAGACCCUGCCGUGGCCGCCCUCAUCAAGACACUGGACUUUCCGUAG